AUGACGUCCACCUGGAAUCACACUUUCAGCACUGCAGCCUUCAAGGGCUCCGUCGAGGUCCCCACUGGCAUCUACGUCAACGGCAAGUUCGCGGAGGGCUCAAGCAAAAAGACCAUCGAUGUCAUCAACCCCUCCUCUGGCAAGCUGAUCACGAAGAUCAGCGAGGGCACCGCUGAUGACGUCAACGCCGCUGUCAAGGCUGCCCGCCACGCCUUCGACACCGUUUACGGGCUCAAGAUGCGCGGCAGCGACCGUGGCUUGCUCCUCAACAAGCUCGCGCAGCUCGUCGAGGAUAACGUCGACGCCAUCGCCGCCGUCGAGGCCCUCGACAACGGCAAGACGUUCUACUGGGCCAAGGCCGACGUGCAGUCCGUUAUCGCCUGCUUCCGCUACUAUGCCGGCUGGGCGGACAAGAUCCAGGGCAAGACCAUCGAGACGUCCGAGGCGCAGCUUGUGUACACGCGCCACGAGCCCAUUGGCGUCGUCGGCCAGAUCAUCCCCUGGAACUUCCCGAUCCUGAUGCUCGCAUGGAAGCUCGGCCCCGCGCUCGCGACGGGCAACACUAUCGUCCUGAAGCCCUCCGAGUUCACGCCCCUGUCCGCGCUUUUCGUCGCGAAGCUCAUCGACCAGGCCGGCUUCCCUCCUGGUGUCGUCAACAUCAUCAACGGCUACGGCAACGUUGUCGGCCAGACCAUCGCGGAGCACAUGGACAUCGAGAAGAUCGCGUUCACGGGCAGCACGCUCGUCGGCCGGAAGAUCAUGGAGGCAGCGGCGAAGUCGAACCUCAAGAACGUCACCCUCGAGCUCGGCGGCAAGAGCCCGAACGUCAUCUUUGACGACUGCAACAUGGAGGACGCCGUCAAGUGGGCCGCGUUCGGCAUCUACUACAACCACGGCCAGACAUGCUGCGCGGGCUCGCGGAUUUUCGUACACGAGAAGAUCUACGACGAGUUCCUGCACAAGUUCACAGAGUACACGCGGAACGUCAAGGUCGGCGACCCGUUCGACCCUGAGAACUUCCAGGGCCCGCAGGUGUCCCAGGUGCAGUAUGAGCGGAUCAUGGGCUACAUCAAGUCCGGCCAGGAGGAGGGCGCGACGCUGCACCACGGUGGCGAGCGGAUCGGGACGGAGGGCUACUUCAUCCAGCCGACGAUCUUCACGGACGUGAAGCCGCACAUGAAGAUCGUGCGCGAGGAGAUCUUCGGGCCCGUCGGUGUCGUGAUCAAGUUCAAGGACGAAGACGACAUCAUCGCACAGGCGAACGACACCGUCUACGGGCUCGCCGCCGCCGUGUUCACGCAGGACCUCGUCAAGGCUGUGCGCACGGCGAACAGGCUGAAGGCCGGUACGGUGUGGGUCAACUGCGUGAACCACCUCCACGCGGCGAUUCCGUUUGGCGGAUACAAGCAGAGCGGAAUCGGCAGGGAGCUCGGCGAGUAUGCGUUGGCGAAUUACACGCAUGUCAAGGCUGUCCAGGUCAACAUCGAAAUGUGA